AUGAGUAGUACAACUCGUUUGAUUGAGGAACAAUGUAUGAGUAAUGGAUUUUCGCCGCUGAUUUCGCUGUUUGCCCUUGGGGAUGCUACUGAAAAGAAUAGCAAAGCUGCUGACUAUUCAAGAUUUCUAAUGAAAUACUCCUCCUACACGGAAUGUGGAAUGGUCCAGUGCCGUGCAGAAGGUUCCAGGGACCAUUUCCACUGUCGGCACAGUGACGUCUGUGCUUCUUUGCCUUUAUCAAAAAAAGAGCAAAUCACCAGACAUCUCAAGUGGCACCAGAAACGUUCCGAUAGCCUCAGUCACGGAUUCCUCAGGUUUUCCUCAACCGACGACUGUUCUACGCAAUUUCCCGAGUGCACGCACAAUAGAAAGCAAACGCACUAUCAUUGUUUGCAGCAAAAUUGCGAUAAGGUGUAUAUCAGCACUUCGGAUGUGCAGAUGCACUCGAAUUAUCACAGGAAGGAUUCGGCGAUUAUCCAAGAAGGAUUUCAGAGGUUUCGUGCAACUGAAGAAUGCAAUGCUGAAUAUUGCAUAUUUUAUCGUCAGCGAACCACACAUUUCCAUUGCCGAAGGAGUAAUUGUCAAUAUACUUUUAAAAAUAAAGCAGACAUGGAAAAACAUAAGACUUACCACAUAAAAGACGAGCAGCUCAACAGGGACGGUUUCAAAAAAUUCCUAAAGACUGAAGAAUGCAAUUACAAAGAUUGCAAAUUUUCGCGUAACUGUAACCACAUCCAUUGCAUUCGCGAAAAUUGUAAUUACGUACUGCACUCCAGCGGACAAUUAUUUUCGCACAAAAGGAAACAUGAACGAAAAGAUCAAGAAUUGAGUUAUAGAAGGACACAUAUAUCAGACGUGGACAUCCCUGCAGAAUUGUUCUCUCCUGCCAUGAUGUAUGGGCAAAGACCAAAUCAGGGUUUGGGCAAAGUAGUGUUGUCUACUGGUACUGAAAUAUCGGUGAUGCCUACGGAUUUGAGUAUGAAUUCUAGGUCUGUAGAAAAUUCUGCAAAUCCUUUGCCGGAUAUUAGUAUACGCGCAUGUGCAGUUUCACCCAACCAAAGCAGCCCUGAAGAAAGCAUCGCUGCAAACAUCAUCAAAAAGACGGAAAAUGUAUCCAAUAAUGCUCCGAGUGAAACUUUCAACACAUUUCUGCAAAGAUACAUCACAGAUAGAUGUACCAGUAACGACAUGCCUUCACCACCAACCCAAAACCAAAAUCAAACCAACAAUUUAAUUGAUUGUUACUUCAGCAGACAAGUCAAACACGUUCAUUGUCUGGUUCCUGAAUGCCCUGCUCAGAGAUUUCAACAGAUCAUUCCCAAAACCUUCGAAGAUAUUAUCAAACACUUCAAAUACCAUUUUGAUAUCGAGGAUUCUGAGUUGGAAACGAGUGGCAAUGAAGUGAAUAAUUUUAGGAAUCACAAAAUUGAAGAACAAAGAACUAAUGUUGAAAUGGGGAAUUUGAACCAUGAUGGUGCUGAUCAGAAUUCUUGCAGCAUCGGAGAAUUUUUCAAUAGGAAACGGGGAAGGCCGCCGAAGAACCGAUUUUUUGAGGUGUAUAAUACGGCUCUGAAUUCUCCGCAAGGAUAUUUCACUUCGUUCAAAUUGGAGCAAAACAAUUCGAACGUCGUUCGUCCCGAACGCAAAUUUGAUCCGAAUGAGAAGCAACAAUCGCCGCCACAAAAUCUAACAGAAUGCAAUUUAAAUGAAGCGAAUAACGAAGAAGAUGAAGCAUAUCGCGUAUCAGAUCUUUGCAGAUCAUGUUGCAAAUUGAAGAAGAAAAUACAUUUUCAUUGCGAAAUAUGCAACCAAGCGUUUACCGACAAAGGGAAAUUGCAACUGCACGAGUUGCGCCAUAAAAACAUGACGGUGGAAACGACUCCUGAGAGGAAAAUCAGUCAUCCUUUACUAGAUUUGUUAAAACCGAAUGAAAUCAAGGAUGAGGUGUUGGAUAUGUCGCCUAAGCGAAUGUCGCCUUCGCAUCCGAUUUUGAGUGCUAAUUUGACUAAUAACACAGCCGAACCUGAAGAUCUUUCGAAGAAAGUCGAGUCGGCAACAGUGCCUUCAUCUUCGUCAGAACCUGACGUGGAAAACUCUGCCUUAGAUCCAAACGUGGUUAAUUUUCUACACUUCCAAAGACUUCAACUAUUCUUCCAAAACUACUACCAACAACUUAUGGGCCAACAAAUGCUAAUGCACCCAAAUCAACCCUUACCAGAAAUGCCUUCAGGAAUACCUUACCCAACAGAUCCUGCACUGCACAACGCCCUUCUCGAUAUGAAGAAUGCCAAAAGACCCUUGGUCGAAUCCGAAGGCCAAGAUUUACUACAAAAUUUUAAGAAAAUUAAACUAGAAAAAAUGUACGAUAAUAGAAACGAUUUAGGCAAACCUUUGAAUGGAAUUGAUCAACCAAUAAUUAACCCAGCGCUGAUGGAAUACCCACCAAAUUUUCCAAUGUUACCCAAUUUUUUAAAACAAGAACUACCUCCAAUGCCUGUACGGAUGCCUUGCUCUACAAAACAAAAUAGGAUAUUUAAGGACGAACCUGUACCUAAGGGUUAUCUAAAAUUCAAAUUCAACGAAGAUUGCAAUUUUAUGAACUGCGGGUACAGAAAUCAUCAGAGCCACUUCCACUGCAUCAGGAAUGACUGUUGCUACAGUUUUUGUGAUAAAACCAGAUUUGUUCAACAUUCAGCCAGGCACGAACGUUUGGACAAACUGAUGGGCGGAGAUUUCAAACAAUUUAGAGCAAAUAUGAGCUGCGAUUAUCAAGAUUGCGAAUACAAUAAGAACAUAGGGCCGAACAAUAAAUCAUCACAUUUCCACUGUCUGAGUUGCACAUUUGUUUGCUCCGAUACAAAUAAAGUUGUGGCUCAUAGACGUCAACAUAGUAAGAUGAACCAAAUAAAAAGUGCAGGAUUCGAAAAAUUCACACCAGGAAUGGAUUGUACACGAGGUGCAGGUGGAAAUGAUAAUUCUGAUGGAUCUCCCAAUGAAGGUUCGACCAGGGCCGAAUCGGGCAGUUGCGUCCACAAUAUGAAACAAACACAUUACCAUUGUCUGGUGUGCAAUUAUGCAGUUUUGGGCCUGGCGCAGAUGUCUGCACACAAAUUCAGGCACAUGGACUGA